AUGGAGACUCCCAUUGAAGGUAUUAUUAUUGAACUUAGACCGAGACUACGUUCUGUGAAUUUCUUCAUCAAUCUGAAGAAAGAAGUUGACCCCCGAUCUUUUAAAAUUAAUCUAUUUCCCAAAAGGUUCGAAUUAGUGAGUGGUAAAAUAGUUAUUCCCGUGAACUGUCCAAGUAAUGAUGAAUUUUUAGAAAAUUCUUUAUCUUGUCUCACCUUUGGUGAGAGCUACAUUUAUUUUCGCUCUAAUUUGGGUACUGUUGACAAGAAAUUAGGAAGUGUUAAUGGUGAAUUCUUGAAAACAUUUUCUCAGUCAGCUGGCAUGAGAUCUCAGAUGAAUUUAUCUCCUGAACUCCAAUACAAAAUUCAAUGUGUCAAUUGCCAACAAAACUUCAAUGAACAAAUAAAAUUCAAUAGAAUAUUACCUUUACCAAGUAAUCAUAUAGAUCCCAGUGAAUGGUUUUGUCAUAAACAUGUAAAUGACAAAAAUCCUGUGAACAAUUUGAAUCCAAAACCAAAAGAUUUAUUUUAUUCUAGUUGUUAUUUUCAUAUAAAUGAGGAAAAUUUCAAAAAUGUAGUUGUUAAAUCAAGAAGCAUUGUAUGUAAAAGGUGUUUUUUUUGGAUAGGUCAUAAAACUGAAAAUUAUAUUAAAUCUUGGUUUCACAACAUUCAAUUUGUUAGUGAAAAUAAAAUUGAGCAUUCAUCUCCAACAAGAGAUGUGUUUCUUACAAUAUCUGAUAUUAUUGAGCAAAGUUUUUUAGGAUGUGGAAAAAUUUUAUUUGAACAAUAUUCUUCUAAAAGAAAUGAUUACUUGUUUCUAUGGGUUCUUGAAAAGAAUUUACAAAUCUUUUAUGGAGAUGGAUUCACGGACUUGAAACAACAUAGUGUUUAUAAAGUAUUGUAUAAAUUUGAAAAUGAUAUUGAUAUUGUUAAUCAAUGGAUGAAUGAUAAUAGUGUAUUUUGUGUUAAUGUUUCAAAACAAAUGAUGGUUGAUGCUUUGAAGAAUCUGAAUAAGUACCAUAAUUUACUUCCUGACAGCUUCAGUAAAUCCAAUGGAUUGUAUAUUUCCUACUUGUUAAUUCCAGAUGAAUAAAAAUAUUUACCACAUGAAAGUUAAGGCUUAACUUCUGACCUAUA